CAGAGGCCAGGUGCCAGUGGCACUCAGGACUGGGAUGUAACGGGUUGCGUUUCGCAGACUGGACUAGACUAAUGGUGAGAAUGUUGAGACACUACUGGAGCAGCGGUCUUUGCCAUGUGCCUCGAUUGGAGAGGUCCUAAUCCAGACUGUUUUUAAUAUCGAGUCCGUGUGAAAAAAUGCAUCUCUUUCGGAGUUACAAUUACCAAGUCUACCCUGAUCGCUAUUCAAUGGAGAAAACAACUGUCCGGGGCAUUAGCUGGACUCCACUGCCUGAGGCCUUGGAUACACAGGACACUAUGAAACAGUUCUUGUCUGAUCGAAUCUUAAAGGCAGCCAGGGUGGUAUAUGGUGCACUGAUUGAAAGAAAUCCAGGCCUGAUCAGAGACAGGAAACAUCACCUCAAAACCUACAGACAGUGCUGCAGUGGGAAGGAGCUUGUUGAUUGGCUGAUGAAGCUGAAUAACUGUUUCCAGUCCCGCAGUCAGGUAGUUGGGAUGUGGCAGGUUUUAGUGGAUGAAGGCAUCCUUGUUCAUGUGAAGCAGGAGUUGAACUUCCAUGACAAAGACACCCAGUUUUACCGAUUCAUGGAGACGGAGUUUGACCUGAAUCAUACAAACAAUGAGAAGGACUCAAAAGAAGAUGAGCUUCAAGAAGGUCUGGCACUACUGGUCCAAAUGGGUCCUGAUGCUCUCCUGAAUAUGAUACUUCGCAAAUGUCCAAGCCAGAGGUCAGCAGAAGAUGUGGAGGUCAUCUACGAGGAGCUGCUGCACGUCAAGGCUGUGGCCCACCUGUCCACCUCCGUGCGAAAGGAACUGGCUGCAGUGCUGGUGUUCGAGUCCCAUGCCAAGGCGGGCACAGUGUUGUUCAGCCAGGGAGACAAAGGCACAUCCUGGUACAUCAUCUGGAAGGGGUCUGUUAAUGUCAUCACACAUGGCAAGGGCUUGGUGACUACCCUGCAUGAAGGAGAUGACUUUGGCCAGCUUGCCUUGGUAAACGAUGCUCCCCGCGCUGCUACUAUCAUACUGAGAGAGGACAACUGUCACUUCCUCAGAGUAGACAAGCAAGACUUCAUUCGAAUACUGAAGGAUGUUGAAGCAAACACUGUUCGUUUGGAAGAGCAUGGGAAAGUGGUGCUGGUCCUGGAGAAAAGCUCGGGACAGGAGUCGCCCCUUCAGGGUGGAUCAGGAAGCAGCAGCAAAUACACAGUGAUGUCAGGAACACCAGAAAAAAUUCUGGAACAUCUCCUGGAGACUAUUAAGCUGGAUACAAACGGAAGUGAUCCAAUAGAUCCUUGUGUUAGUGACUUCCUCCUCACACACCAAGUCUUCAUGCCCUCUGCACAGCUCUGCCCUGCCCUUCAGCAUCACUACCAUGCUGAGCCCUCAGAAGGCUCUGAGUUGGAGAAGGCUGCCUAUGCUCUCAAUACCAAGCAGAAAAUUGUGAAACUGGUGGGUCAGUGGGUGGCACUUUGCAGCCCACUGCUGAAGGAGGACCCUGUGGCCUUGCAGUUCCUGGAGAAACUGAGAGAAGAAGUGAUGAGUGACUCAAGACUCUCAAACAUGCUCAAAGAACAGCUGCGGGACAGGAGGAAAAACAGAGUGCUAGAGAACGGAUGCCAAACACUGACGAAGCCGAAUCAGAAAUUCGAUUGGUUCACUGCUUAUGAAGAGCCUCUUGGGAAGUGUCAAUCAAUCAGAGCUCAGGACAAAGUCCUGUAUGAAAUUUUCAAACCGGACCACAACGCUGUGACACUGAUGCUGCCUGUGAAUUCCUCAGUGCAAGACAUAAUGUCUGUUCUGGUAAAUCCAGGGGGAGAUCAUGUACUGGUCAAAAUGAACUCUUCAGGAGAGAGAGUUCAGCUAAAGCUGGAUGCGACAGCCGUCUCCACGUCUCUGGGGCUGAACGAGCGACUGUUCCUGUGCACUGUCUCUCAGGUGGAGCAGCUGACGCCUCUGAAGGAGCAACUCGGUCCAGAGCAGAACACCAUGGACACUCUAGAGCAGAUGUGCUCCAAGGACAUUGCAAGUCAGCUGACCAACUACGACUGGGAACUCUUCACGGCCAUGCAUGAGGUUGAGCUGGUCUACUACAUUUUUGGCUGGCACAAGUUUCCAGGCACUACCACAGCUAACCUUGAGCGGUUUGUACGGCGCUUCAAUGAAGUUCAAUAUUGGGUGGUGACUGAACUGUGCCUAUGUGAGGACCUAAUGAAGAGAGCCACACUGCUCAAGAAGUUCAUCAAGAUUGCAACUGUAUUGAAGGAGCAGAAAAAUCUCAACUCAUUCUUCGCAGUGAUGUUUGGUCUGAGUAACAGUGCAGUGCAGAGGCUCUAUAAGACGUGGGAGAGAGUGCCAAGCAAAACCAAAAGGAUCUACUGUGCUUAUGAGAGGUUACUGGAUCCGUCUCGCAAUCACAGAGCGUACAGGCUAGCCGUGGCCAAACUCAACCCACCAUACAUCCCCUUCAUGCCACUGCUUCUAAAAGAUAUGACAUUUAUCCAUGAGGGAAACAAGAAUUACACUGAUAGUCUGGUAAACUUUGAGAAAAUGCGUAUGAUUGCCAAGACGGUGAAGAUAGUUCGAGGAUGUAGAAGCCAACCUUAUGUGCCUUCUUCCCCACAAAAAGGCCUAACAGAACGAAUGUUCCUGGAGGCUCCUGCUAUACGAAUAUCUACAUAUUCUGACCAGUCCCUGACCUUACGCACCAUUGCCAACAUAGGACACUACAUCCAGAACCUCAAAGUCAUCGACAAUCAAAAGAAACUGACCCAGCUGUCCAGAGCUAUAGAGCACUGAAGUUCAAGCUCAAGCCUGCCUGUCCUUUUAGUCCAACUCCAUAUUGGAAGAGGACCACAAUUAAGUUUUAUUUUUAGAGGACUCCAUGAUGACCCUAGGUGUGGUUGAUGAUUAGGAGAAACUCACCCAAGCAGUGUCCAGACUGUUCACAUAGAUGAAACUGGACAUUAUUCAAGCUCUAAAAGAGGCAUUCAUGUCAACAUGUUACGUGUCCUCCAAUGCCUUAUCAGAAUUGUCCUGUUUUGACAGCUGUACUUGUAUAUCUAGUUGUAGUCUCUUCUAACAGACGCUUUGUACCAGUGGCAUUAGCUCUUAGAAGGAAAGGUCCAGUAUACUGACAAAUCUGAAAUUGUACAGAUUUUUAACACCUGCUGUAAAUAGGAUCAGUACUAUAAAAAUAGUGCAAGAUGUUUUGUAGAUUACUAUAAAAGUGUAUCAAAUGUAUUUCAUACAAAAUUUAUAAGUUUAUUUUUGCUAAAUAAAUUAUUGAUAUGUUGUUUA